CGCAGGCCGACCAUCGAGACUGCGGACGCGCUCGCUAGAGCGUCGCCCAGGAGCCCCGGAAGUGGCUGUGCGGGGCGGCCCCGCGGUGGGAGGUUUGAGUCGGCGGUCGGCGCGAUGGCGGAGUCUGCAAAUGCCACCUAUGAAGUCAUCAAUGUCACCCUCCACACUACGCUGGCUGCUACUACCAAACUGGUGGUACCUACACCUGCUAAACCUAUCCUUCCAGUUCAGACUGGAGUCCAAGCACAGCAAGAGGAGCAAUCUAGUGGCAUGACAAUUUUUUUUAGUCUUCUUGUAUUAGCUAUCUGCAUCAUAUUGGUGCAUUUACUGAUAAAAUACCGUCUUCAUUUUUUACCAGAAAGUGUAGCUGUUGUUUCUUUGGGUAUCCUUAUGGGAGCUUUUAUAAAAAUCAUAGAGGCUCAAAAGCUGGCCAACUGGAAGGAAGAAGAAAUGUUUCGUCCGAAUAUGUUUUUUCUGCUUUUGCUUCCACCUAUUAUAUUUGAAUCUGGAUAUUCAUUGCACAAGGGUAAUUUUUUUCAGAACAUUGGUUCCAUCACUCUGUUUUCUGUAUUUGGCACUGCAAUAUCAGCUUUCAUUGUAGGUGGAGGAAUUUAUUUCCUGGGCCAGGCUGAUGUAAUUUAUAAACUCAACAUGACAGACAGUUUUGCGUUCGGCUCUUUGAUAUCUGCAGUUGACCCUGUGGCUACCAUUGCCAUUUUCAAUGCCCUCAACGUGGAUCCUGUACUUAAUAUGUUGGUUUUUGGAGAAAGCAUUCUCAAUGAUGCAGUCUCUAUUGUCUUGACCAACACAGCAGAAGGUUUGACAAGAGAAAAUAUGUCAGAUGUAAGCGGAUGGCAAACCUUUCUACAGGCACUGGGAUACUUUCUUAAGAUGUUCUUUGGCUCUGCAGCACUUGGCACACUUACUGGUCUUAUUUCUGCAUUAGUGCUAAAACACAUUGAUUUAAGGAAGACACCCUCCCUAGAGUUUGGGAUGAUGAUUAUCUUUGCUUACCUUCCUUAUGGACUUGCAGAGGGUAUCUCGCUCUCAGGUAUCAUGGCAAUCCUCUUCUCUGGCAUCGUGAUGUCUCACUAUACACACCAUAACUUGUCCCCAGUUACACAGAUUUUAAUGCAGCAGACACUGAGAACAGUUGCUUUCAUGUGUGAAACAUGUGUUUUUGCAUUUCUUGGCCUGUCAAUUUUUAGUUUUCCUCACAAGUUUGAAAUGUCCUUUGUCAUCUGGUGCAUAGUACUUGUUCUGUUUGGUAGAGCAGUGAAUAUUUUCCCCCUUUCCUACCUACUCAACUUUUUCCGUGAUCAUAAAAUCACCCCCAAAAUGAUGUUUAUCAUGUGGUUUAGCGGUUUACGAGGUGCAAUUCCCUAUGCCCUCAGCCUCCAUUUGGGCUUGGAACCAAUAGAGAAGCGGCAGCUCAUUGGGACAACAACAAUCAUCAUAGUACUGUUCACAAUUUUGCUGCUGGGAGGAGGAACCAUGCCCCUUAUCAGACUGAUUGACAUUGAGGACUCCAAAGCACGCAAGAGGAACAAGAAGGACAUUAAUCUUAGCAAGACAGAGAAGAUGGGAAAUACCAUAGAAUCGGAACAUUUAUCAGAACUCACAGAGGAGGAAUAUGAAGCCCAGUACAUAAAACGCCAGGACCUCAAAGGCUUUAUGUGGUUUGAUGCCAAGUAUUUGAACCCUUUCUUCACCAGAAGACUCACACAAGAAGACUUGCAUCACGGGCGCAUACAGAUGAAAACCCUCACAAACAAGUGGUAUGAAGAGGUACGACAAGGACCCUCAGGAUCUGAAGAUGAUGAGCAAGAGCUGCUAUAACAGACCGGGACAGGAGUGCAACGAGUUUAUCAUUAGAAAGAGGAUUUAAGUAUCAGGAGUCUGACUGCACAAAAGCUGGAAAGCUAAGGUUGAACUUUCAUGUUUCAGGCAUGUCUUGUGCUACGUGUUUAGGUAUAAAACCGCAGAUCUACUGUGCUUGAUACUACUAGUCAGCGCUGGAGACCCGUAAGCGUCAGACACUGGGCUGAAUGAAGAACCUUUUGUUCAGGUUUUACAGCAUAGCAAAUUCCAUGCAGCCUAUUGAAAAGCAGAAACAUCUGCCAUGAAAUGAUGACGUUGUUUAAUGGGGGAGGUCUUCUUCCUAUUACGAAAUCUGCUGUAAACAUAUGCUGAAGUACAGAGCCAUUGUAUGACUCUGCAAAACAGAAUGAAUUGCACUUUACUUUUUUUUUUUUAAUAUAUAUAUUCAUUCACAGCAUGGAGAGUCUUGACAGUUUAUACUGUGAAUUUGUUUCAGCACUAGUAAGGGAGUUUGACUGGAAUAAAUCUAUAAUUUAUGGGAUUUGCACAUUAUGAAUCCAGAGAAGAUGCACGCCUUGACAAAAAGCAGAUGUUGCACAUACAAGGAAGCACCUCUGAGAACUGGUGGGUUUGUCAUUUAAGAAGUUCUUGAUUUCUAUUUUAUGGGAUUUUUUUAUUUUUAUUUUUUUUAUACUGAGGUAUCUAAUCCACAGUACUGAUUAUAGCAUGGUUUGGGGAGGGGGGAAUUGUAUCAGAACUGCAUUUGAAAUUCUAGUUUUAAUGUGUGUUUUUCUUUGGCUAAAGCCAGUUGCAGUUGGGUUUCUGUAACUGGCAGUUGCUCCUUGCUGGCACUUUGGCUUCAAAUCUUAGAAAACAGCAGCUUUUGUUUUGCCUAAUUCAUGAAGUGUCCCUAACACUCCAGAAUUCUCUAGGGGAAUUUUUAAGUUCUAGUGGAAGCAAAAGCAGCAUUUUGCAUGUCAUUCACUUGCCGAACAAAUGUGUACAUGAGGAAGAAGAGUCUACAAAAUCUAAUCCAGGUACAGAAGGUUGAUAGUACACGUUGCUGAAGCAGCCUCCGUUGGGAGGUGGCAAACAGCUUUCAUUAAGCUGUCCUGUUUGUUAAUAUGAUUUUUCUCUUCUGCUUACACUGUUUCAAAAUCAGUAGUAUCAUUUCACUUUGUUUUUUUUUUCUAUAUGGCCUGGUCCGUGGCUCAGACCUGCAUACACCUAAACAGGCAGGCAGUGUUUGUGGCACAUUUGCCAUGGUUACCCAGGCAGCAGUUUGCUCUCACUGCCAGCCCAAAUUCCUCAUUAGUCGUUUGCAUAUUCACUGUUGAAAUGUGAAUUUUAGUUCUGCGCGUAAAUCUGACAUGCAAGUGCAAAUGUUUGUUUCUGAAAGUGUGAGACUUCUAUUUUUGGUCUGGUUUUGCUACUAAGGUUUUUAAUCAACUGCUUACCUGCUGGGAGGAAUAAAAGUUCAAGAAUGUAUUUAGAAUCCUGA